AUGAUGGAGGGCAAACUUAAAAAAUCACAGAGAGAUAAAGACAAACAGCAAGAUGCUAAAGACAAGAGCCGGAAACAAUUACAGGAGUUACACACUUCAGAGGAACAACUGUUGGCUUCCCCAUCACCUGGGAAAAGAAAACAUUCUGGAUCUUUUCCAGGGGAACUAUUGGCUGAUUUAAAUACAAAAACUUUACAAGAGUACCUGAUCAAAUUGAAAGAGGAAAACAAAUGCAGAGGUGACAGAAUAGCAGAACUUGAAGAUUAUAUUUUAAAAUUAAUGAAUUUACUACGUUUAGCAGAGCCUGAAUUCAAAGGGAGUGAAGCUGAUGACAAUCAGAAAAUUCUUGAAGAGAAAUUAAAGGAGUAUGUGAUUCAGUAUGAGGGCAGUAAAGAGGAGGCAGCAACGCUGAAGAAAAAGUUGAUGGAGAUGGAGGUUUCGUGCCAUCAGCUUCAUUUUGAGUGUGACGCUCUUAAAGGAAAGCUGGCCUCUGUGAGGGAGCUAGAAUCACUGGAUUCCCAAAGCAGUGACGAGGAAGGUCAGGAUAAAGACAGUGCCAAAGCAGAGCUUCUUCAAAGAGUCAAGAAUUUAGAGGGACUUUUAAAGCUUAAAGAUAUGAGUGAGAAGGAGCAGACAGACACCAUCAAGGAUCUUGAAGCCCGACUUUUGCAAAGCCAGGAGAAUCAGAGGCUUCUUAGCUCACGCUGUGCCAAGUUGGGUCAAUUGAUGAAGCAGAAGGAAGAUAUUGAACACAAGUUGGAGGAGAGGUACAACCAGGUGGAGCAACUACAGAUAGACAAGGAAAGGUCUGAGGAAGAGUACCAGGAGCAAAUCAAACUUUUGUUUGAUGAGAUCAAGGAGCGGGAUGAUGCUCAUGGCCAGCUAGAGGCAAUGAACAGAGAUCUGCUUCAGAAAAUUGAAGAGUUAGCAGAAUGCAGAAAAAGACUUGAAUUAAAGACUGACAAAUUAAAGGGGGAUCUGGAAGAGAGAGUGAGCUGUGAGUUAAAAUUAAAAAAGCAAUGUUCAGAUCUGGAAAAAACGGUCCGAGACUGGGAGCAAUUUGAGCAGCAAAUGAAUGAACAGUUCAAACGAGUAGAAGGAAAGCAAAGUGGCAAAAUUAAGAGUCUGAGGAAACGUCUUGAGGAGAAAGAUGAAGCUUUAAGAAAAACCUUGCAGUCAAUGGAAGAAAUGAAACAAAGUGCCAAGAGGGCAGAGAGCCUGGUUCACGAAAGGCAGGAGUGCUCUCCGGAAUUUCUUCAGGAAAAGGCAGAGCUCAAAGCUGAGUUGAGCAGAAAGACUGAGGCUGAAAUAGACCAGGCGGGAUUCAUCGUGAAAAUGAGAAGCAGGUUUGAAAUGGAGCUGAGUGCGAAGAGCAAAGAACUGGAUCACUUAAAAGAUGAAGCCGACCAUUUAACUGAGGAGAUUGGUGAACUUCAAGAGCAGCAAAGGCAGCAAAAGGAAUCUGAGAGGAAGUUGCAGGAACGAAAUAGGAUGCUGGAAGAGCUGGUGGGAGAAAUGCAGGAAGGAGAGACCAGGAACUUACAAGAAAAAAUAACACGCAUGGAGAAGCUGCUUGUUAUGAAAGAAGAAAGUGAGGAGAAAUUUCAGGCAAGGAUUUCCAACCAGGAUACUCUUCUGAAAGCAAUGGAAGAGACGCAGGGAAGGCUGGCCCAACGCAAUGAAGAGUUGGGUGUCAAACAGCGUGGGAUGAGUGAAGAACUGCAUCGUUGGAAAACAAAGUGUUCCAGCCUUGAAAACUUUGAGAGGGAAGUUAAAGUGCAAACACGAUGUCAGAGAGACAGGAUAAAGGAAUUGGAGAUCACCAAAGCUGAUCUGGAGGCAAAACUUCAAAAGAAAAUCAGAGAGUUUGAUGAGCUUGACAUUUUGAAGAGAAAGGAACAAGCAAAUAUAACAGCAGAGCUUAAAAAGAUUGAAGAGCUCGAGGUCAAAGAGUCCAUCUGCCAAGCAGCAAAGCAAAAUCUCGAAAUGCAGUUGAAAAAGAGGAUAAAAGAAAUUGAAGUUUCUGAAGAGAAUGUGAAGAGCCUGAAGGGAAAACUUGAAGAGGCAGAGGAAAAGUGGAGUGAAAUAAGGAAAGUAGAAACUGCUCUUCAGCAAGAAAAGAAAGCACUUGAAACCCAGCUCGCCAAAGAGUCUCAGUUGGCCGUCUCUUUGGAGGCCAUGGUUAAAGAGGAAUGUCAACAGUCACAAACUUUGACGGGAGAGCUGUACACCAAAGAGGCAGCUCUGCGAUCUCUGCAGGAGGAGCACUCACUGCUGCUGGCCAGAAUUCAGGAUUUAGAACAGGACCUGGAGGAGGCAAGGAAGAAAAGGACAAGCCAAGAUGAAUGGGAGACCAGCAAUCGAACAAUUGACGCCAUUGACCAGAGGCUGGGGGACUUUGCACAGUCUGAGAAAACACUCAAGGAAACCAUUAGCAACUUCAUAAAGGCAGAGGCUGCUUUACAAGGAAGAAUUCAAGAUCUGGAGCAGUCGAAGCAAAAGCUUGUGGACAAACUCAAUGAGUUGGCAUCUAAAUCUCAACUAUCGACAACCAAUGAUUCACAACUCACAGGAAGGCUCCGGAGUCUGCAGAUUUCAGAGAGAAGCCUCAGAAACGAGCUUACAGAAAAAGAGAGGGCUGAAGAGAUUCUAAAGGGUAAAGUGUGGCGUUUGCAGAACCAGUUGAGGAUGAAGGAGGAUGAGAUGAACAAGCAGUCCGACUACUUUGAGCACUACAAACAAAGGCAUCAGCACCUGAUGGUGAAGCUGAGAGAACGUGAACAGUCCUUGCAGGACCAGCACUUCAAACUGGAGAGGGAAAAAAUUGAUCUAAAUGCUCUCAGUAUUGUCCUGAAAUCUGAGCUACAACAAGUUACAGCAAAGUUUACAAAACUGGAGAAAGCGCACUCCGGGAGGAGUAAGGAUCUUUCAGAGCACGAUCCAGAUCUCAACAACAUGGAAAGUUGCCUGUUGGGUGGAGCGGACCAAAUUAAAGAGCAGAUUCUCAUCCUCCAGGUUGACCUGAGGAACCUUUUGGAAAAAGACGAGGCAAAUAACCAGGAAAAGGACCAGCUCCUAGAAAGGCUUCAACGUGCCGAAGACAAUGAGAGCUUCCUCACACACAAACUGGAAGAUUUCCGCUCGCGGAUCCAUGAACUGAAGCUAUCGGAGAGCAGCCUGCAGGAGCAGAUGGAGGAUUUGGAGGAAGAGAAUGCGAAGCUCAGAAAAGAACUGAAUGAUUUACAGGAACAAGAAAACAACCUGAAUGUGCUGGAAGGUGAAGAUAAACUGGAGAAUAUUGUGCAGGACAAGAGUGGAAUGAAUACAACCUCAUCACAGAACUCUGAACUCCAGCUCAGUUCAGAUGUAAUACCAGAGGAGGCCUUUAUACUGGAGGCAUCUUCAAAGUAUAAACAUCUGAGCAGUCUUUGCAACGCAGUGUUUCAACAUAUGGAAGAUGAGAGCUCACCCGGCAGAUACAGAGACCUCAAAAACUCUUUGACCCACUUACGAUCUCAGCUCCAGAACGGAGACAUCUUAUUUCGAGAAGAGUUAAUGCAGCAGAAGUGGACAGCUGUGUUUGAUUCAGCUCGGAACAAGAACACUCAAACUCCCUCCAUUGGACAAUGUGUUCAAGAAGCCAUGAUUCUUGCAAAGCUGGCUUCGGAAUGUGCCUGUGGUUACCCUAAACUAUCAGAGGCUGUAAAAGAAGGGCGUCUUAUACCACUACUUGAAGCAAACUCGUGUACGUUGGCAGAUCUAAUUCAGAUUCUUAGAACAGGGGAUGUGGAGAAGGUCAGAACCGUCCUUCAGCUCCCAGAGACACAGAGAGAACUGGCCCUGCUCCUGGACCUUGAAGUGGGACAAUUGGCAGGUUGUGCCCUAUCAUCUCCCUUAAUAGUAAAACAGGAGAAGAGGCAAUGUGGAGAAGCCCUGGCCAAGGAAUUAGACGAUGAUGCUCCCGUCCCUGGAGAUACCAUUACUAAUAAGUCACAGUCUGAUCAGUUGGGGCCUGAGAGCCAGGAAAUUGCAAAGUUGAGCUUGCUGCCUGCACCCAAACAUGCAGAUUCCAGUAACAGUGAUGCAGCAGAAUCCAUGCGACCAAAUACCCCUUGCAGCAUGAAAAGAGAACCCGGGAGUGUAGUCGCAAAGAUUGUGACUGCAGAAACGAUUGCACGUCUUGAAGCUGAGGUAGGAGAACUUCGGGCAGAGAUGGAUCAUCGCUUGCAGUGCGUGAAUAAUCAGUUACUCGAGGCAGCAGAAGAGAAGAACAAGUUGGAGGAUGAAUUAUACGCCGCAGGAAGAGAAGUGAACCAUCUGGUUCAGAAACUUGAAGCGAUAGCAAAAGGGAAGAUACAGGAAGAAGAAUCGAUGAAAAACAACUUGAGGAAAGAAAAUGAGGUUUUGGAGAAGAGAAAUAAAGAGCUUCUAAAUGAGAUUGCAAAAUUGGAAUCCAGCCAGCGAGACGUGGAAGCAGAGUUUGAAGAGAGGAGUGAGGAAAGUUUGCAGAAAAUGGCUCAACUGGAAGAAGACAAGAGGAAGAUGGAAGACAAAUUCAACUUAAUGCAGCAGGAAAAUGCAAAGAAACUAAUGGAGUGUCAUCAAAGUAUUGAAAAUCUGAGCACGCAAAGUGGGGAAAUGAAGGGAAGAUUAUCAGAAGUACAAUCCAAGGAAAUAACUCUGACCAAUGUGGUGGCAGAAAUGAAAGAGGAAGUUGAACAGUUGAUGAAAGAGAAUAAACACCUGCUGAACAAAAUUAAAGUGGAGAAUGAAAAGGCAAGUAGAAUUCACCAAACAAUGCAUCAUUUAACAGGAGAGAAUGAAAGUCUUUUAGGAAAAGUCAAAGAACUGGAAAAUGAACUGGAGGAUUACUUCACUGUGAACACUGCAGCACAAAACAAAAUAAACCAGUUAGAAAAUGAAAACACUAAGUUGAAAGAAAAUGUAAUUAAAGAGUUGAAAGCCCAGGGAGAUGCUGAGAUAAAACACAAGCAAGGUGAGUUAAAGACAAUUUCAAUGCAACUAAGUGAUGAUUUAUUACAUGAAGAUUCGAGCUGUGGAGAUGACAGGAAGGUGAUGUUCAAAGCCAAACAAAUGUGUGAAGUGAAACAAAGCAAAAACCUGAUGGAACUGAAUAUUGAACUUAAUGAUGUAUUGACCGAGACAUCAGCCAUGAACAUCGCUGGGAGAUCUAAUGAUUACAAAACCUUGGUGCUCAAAGACAUUGCAGAUGAUGAAAACCAACUCGAUGAUGGAACGAGAAUGAUCGUUGAAGCAUGCUGUGAAGAAAAUGAGGUGCAACUGACUUCAGUGGAAGGGAAAAAUUCACUUGAGGAUUUACUUGGGAGAGCAGAGCUGGAGCUGGAGCCUAAUCAUGAACAGGUGGACAAGACAAAAGCUGAGAGUGUUCCAGUGCAAUCUAUUGGCCAAACAGCAGACUUCAGCUCCGAGAACAUCGUAACUCUUCAGCAACAGAUUCUCACAUUGAAUUCCCAGCUUAAAGAUCAGACAGUUUUGGAAAGGAAGCUGCAGGAAUCACACUUUAAACUGGGACUCCUUCAAAACCAGUUUGACAUGAAGGAUAAGAGACUGCAAAGUGAAAAUGCAAAAGCCAAACUGCUGAUAGCUCCACUCAAGGCAAAACUGUCCUGUCUCAUUCAGAAAUGCCUUUGCAGGAACAGCCUGAUUAUACAUUUAGUGAGGGAACUGUACCAGCAGGGCUUUCCUAACGCAGGAUUGAUUGAAGAGGCUGAAGAUAUGUUGAAUGACACUGCGAUCCUGGAGUACACCCACAUGUUUCUGUCAGCACACUGCCAACAGGGGAACAUGAACAAUAAUAUAAAUGCAACUGGAAUCCAUGCAUCUCAAGGUUCGAGUCCUUGUUGUCCAAGGUAUCCCUCUGGUGGAAACCAACGGUUUGCUGAAUCCAAAUCAUCUUUGAUCCACCGGUCAUGUGUGGCCAUUGCUGACUAUUGCCCUAAUCCUAACAUGCCCCAAACUGUGCUGCCAGUGCUGACUUUAUCUGCUGGAGAUAUAGUGCAUGUCACUGGGAAGGCAGACAGCCAUGGGAUGUAUCCCGCUGAAGUGAACGGGAGGCCGGGCUUUGUUCCGGUUGCACUUGUAGAGGAGAUAGAAGAGUGUUAUCAUGUAUGGACACCACACAGUGACUUCCCACCCAGUCCCAGAACGGGCCGCCCAGAAAGGUCUGGAGCACAAGGGCAUCAGCUCCUCCAAGCACAGUGCAACAAUUGCCAGGUUGCCUCAGCAGAAGCAAGCAAUGAUUCACUGUCCACUCGUUCUGCAAGUCACAGUGACGCCUUCCAGCCCAGUGUGUCCAGGUUACACAAUGAAUUGGAGCAUUCCAACAUUAAGGCCCUAAUGCAAGAGACAGAAAAGGUGAAGGAGCAACUGCGCUCGUCAAAAUCUUCUGAGCAAUUUUGCGGCAUUUCCCAGGUUUGCAGUGAAUCCCCAUGCGCCCAGGCAUGCAAUUGUGCAAGUGAUUUAAAAAGCAGAAGGAACUCUGGAGAGAGCGACAUACAUCUGGGAAUGUCAGAUAGAUUUGCAUUAAAUCUUAACGGUCACAGCAGGAAGUGUCCAUCUGGAAAAUGGAGACCAUCAAAGAUGGCACAAGAACCUCCUGCACCAGUUGAUUCAGUGCGUAUUGUUGGCAUAGUCGGCCAGCAUGGCCUACUGGUUGAUUGGGAGAAGCCAUCGAUGGAUGAAAUGGGCUGCAGCAAUGGAACUUUUGUUCAAGGUUACAGGAUAUUCAUCGACAGAGAGUUUUACAAGUCAGUAACAAGAUCAGUUUGCACAAGGGUCGUGUUGGAAGGUCUUGACUUAAGUGUGCCAUUUCAAGUCAGCGUCCAGACUGUUGGAGCCAAUGGACUGGUCUCUGGGAAGGUCAAUGUCCCAUUUCUGAAUUACCAGCAACAUAAAGCCGUAUCAGUACAGCCCCGCCUUACACCAACUGUUCAGGCCAGCACGAGCUCGAAGCUACCAGAGGAAACUCUUUUUCUGCCAACACAGUCUACAUGGAGAAAGUUCAUUGCCGUUUAUGACUAUAAUCCAUUGCAAGACAGCCCCAAUAUUCAUCCAAGCCACGAAUUGGCUUUUAAAGAGGGGGAUAUAAUUUGGGUGUUUGGAAAGCAAAGGAGGGAUGGCUUCUGUGAGGCAGAGGUUAAUGGAAGACGUGGUCUAGUACCAAUCUGUUUCCUUGAGGACACCAGCAUUAGAUUGCCAAAAACAUCGAAGCACAAUGCACCCUGGUCAGUGAGUUCACCUCCAGGAUGUGCUGGGAUGCCCAGGCUAACAAACUCCUCAGAACACCUCCACAAACAAAACUCUUAACAGGUAUGAAGUUUAAAGGAUGCAGGUUUUGUCUAGAAAGCUGAAAUACACACCACUGUUUGUCAAAGAAGCCUCUUCAGAAAAUCUUCUAUGAAUUGUUGCAGCCUCUGAGCACAAGCUGGGAAUCUCUGCUGAAUGAAUUUGGUUUGCUCCACUCCCGAUUAGGUGCUAAAACCCAACAAAGAUGCAGCCUUGAAUUAAUCUUUGCCUAUAAUUUGUUGCCAGGUAUUUAAUUAUCUUACUACCUCUCCACCUUAUUCCAAUUUUGUAUUCCUUGCCAAAUUCCCAGAUUGUUGCACUUGAUCUUUUGUGUCAAAUGUCCUGGUGCAGUUUUCAUCUUUUUCGAAUAAAGAAAAAAACAGUUAGUAGCAGCCAACUGAACAUGAAAUAAAAUGGAACCAGUCUGUAUUCUAAAUAGAAUAAAAAAGCAUUGCAGUGCCAUUGUUCUGCUUCUGAAAACAGAUGGGGAGCAGGACAUUAAUUUUAGAAAUAGCAGAACUAUGCUUACUGAAUCACUGUAAAACAAAGUAUGUUUUAAACAUUUUGUAUAGCUAUAUUCACCUUAUAUUUGAUGUAUUUUAAUUGACGAUCGAUAUCAUGGACAACAAAAAAAAAUCAGAAGAGCCUCCUGUUGAAUUAAUUUACACAAAUGGUUAGAUCUGGUAGAUGCACAGUCUCUUACCCAGAGUAGAGGAAUAGAGAACCGGGGUACAUGGGUUUAAGGUGAAUGGGGGAAAGAAUAUGAACCUGAAGGUUAACUUUUUCACACAUAGGGUGAUGGGUAUAUGGAACAAACUGCCAGAGGAGAUAGUUGAGGCAGGUACUAUUUCAACAUUUAAGACACAUUUAGACAGGUACCUGGAAAGGACAGGUUUAGAGAGACAUGGGCCAAAUGCAGACAGGUGGGACUAUUGUCCAUGGGACAUUUUGGCCAGUGUGGGCAAGUUGGGCCGAAGGGCCUGUUUACAUGUCGUAAGACUUUAUAACCCAUUCAACAGUGCGAAUGCAACCUGUUAUUAUGCGAGUACUUUGUGUUGAACCAUGUAUGUGUGCUGAAUAUGAAGGAACAAUACCAUGCAUACGUUUCCUUGUGGCACUUUAAAAAAAAUAUUUUUUGAGCACAGCUUUCGGGAAACAAAUUUGUUUAACAUUUCACUUCUUUUGAAGUGUACCUCAGGACUGUUCGGGGGGCUAUAGUGCUUUCUUGUCAUUUGUUCUAUAUUUGUAUAUUUUAUGUACAGUUUAAAACUGCUUGCUUGCACUAUUCAUUGUCUAUUGCACCUGAAUAAGAAAACAUGAAACUGCACUAAGAGAUCAGUUAUAAAAGUAAAACUUCUGUUCUUAAAUUUGCGCUUGCAAGUAAAUUCCUUCUAAAACAUAGACGAUGUGUCUGAAAGGAUAGUUUAUUGAUAGCUGCUGUGUGAACAACCUUUGUAUUUGACAAUAGAAUAAAAUAACGAUUAUGACAGCUCUUUUCACAAUGGCCUAGAAAUACUCUUGAAUAAUUCUUUAGGAUUCUCUGACAGCCCAUUGAAAAAUGCAUUAACAAUUGUACAUUGGAAAUUUUCAAUGUUUGAACUCUCCCCAAACACCUUAGUUUACAGAGGCUCCUGUAUUGGUAUGUGCUUAUUGUAUUGAAAAGUUAACAUACAUAUAGUUUAUUCCAUACUUUAUAAUCAAACAUGACUCCCAUCAAAUCAUCAAAUGAAACAUAAUUAAUGUCAAUUGUAUUCUGCACCAAUUAAUCAAUAAUGAGAUAGGUUUAGUUCCAGAAGAAAAUUUGACCAAAAUGCAGAACCUGACUGGUAAAGAAUGUGAAAAUGGUAGCCAAUAUAUUUUUGUGCAUGAGACAAACUUGUUCUGCUGAAGUGAGGGAAUGGAUCAAACAAAGGUGUCCCUUUGCAUACCCUUUCCUCCAACCUCUUGUAAUGUUUGUUAAUAUGAUAUUUCGGUGCAUGAAUUAUUAAUAUUGUAUGGUGGCCUUGUGACAAAUCGCAAAUCUAAACUUUAAUCUGCUUACAUAAAACCAGCGGAUGUGGAUCAAUCUUCACAAGUUUACUUUUUUUAAAUUGGUGUGACAAAAAUGUAUAUAUAAAUAUGAGCACCCAGAGCAGGUUUUCAUUUUGUCUUUUUCCCAUUGUACUUAAACAUACAUACCUAGAAAUUCACCUUGAUCAGUUGCACGACACUCUUUUACUGCAGCAUCAGUGUGUUGGAAUCUUCUUCUGAAAUUUAAUUCAUUGAUUUCAAUUGAACUAAAUACAGAAAUAUCAGCUGAAUAUUUGUGCAAAUCAUGCUGUACAUUGUAUUUGGUUCCCUGACCAGGAUUGGAUUUCUAGCCAACAUUAUAUCUUGCACAUUCUGAAUCUUUCAGUGCCUUACAGAGGCAAACAGGAAUCAAAUAUCUGUACUGGAAUUCAUUAAAAGCCAAAAAUGUUUGUUUUGUCUCGCCAAGCCAAAUUAUUUUAUAAGAUGUGUUAUGGUUUCUACAAAUGACUUGGAUGAGAUUUUUUUCUUUUGGUACACAAGGUCCUAGCAACAAAGGAAUAAAGUUUAGAUAUGCAUUUUAUUAAAAUAGAAGCAAAAGGAAAUGUCUCAGAUUUCUAAUGUAUAUAAUACUGAAUACAUGUAGCGUAGUCUCAAAUGUUUCUUAAAUAGAUGUACAUCACUCCUUUGUAAAACAUUUAUUAAAUAGCACUAAAAAUUACAUAUUCUGUUGAUUUACUUGUUAAUAAAAUUGUAAGGUUAUUUUUAUAAGCUGGCAACAUAUAAAUGAUUUCUACACAUUUGUAUAUUGUAUAAUGUAUGCAUUUUGUAUUAAAACUAAAUUAGGAAGUU